AUGCUCUUUGACAUGGGAACAAGAGUGCACUUUGCCCUUCUGUUCCACGUCUUGGACCUUGACCGUUGCAUUUCUACAAGAUACAUUCCCUCCCUACAGAUGGGUACCACCUUAUAUUUAAGAAACUUGCCUACUAGACCGCACAACAGGGCUAAUUACAUACGAUCGUUUCUCUCGGCGAUCAACCCUACAAACAGGUACGUACAUGAUACGACACUGCUGCUACCGAUCCACCAGAUAUCAGGUACACAGGCGGUCCCGGGACCGUUUCUCGAUGAAACACACCGGAUCUUGUCCAUUGCGCGGUCCAACAGCGGCUCGAUGGCGGGCCAGUGCUUUGUCACUUUUGUCGAUGAGCACUCCGCGGAGCAGUUUAUGAACGCGUUCCAGGGUAUGAACUUCAGGGGCAAGAGGGUGGAAAUACGUUGGGCAGAACAGGAGUCCCUUCUGGGGCUGGCAUUGACCCAGCCGGAGAGGUUUAAGAAGGUAAUGAGGAUCAAGAAGCUGACUAUGGAAGAAAUAGUGCAGAACAAAGUGAAACGUAAGCUGAGGCGACUAAGGUAUAAACUGAGGAGGAAGGGUCUUGACCCAGCACAGAUCGAGGAUAUAGUCGCUAAAGUUCGUGUAGAUGUGGUAGAUGACGAGGAGGUGGAGGAAACUGAGGGUAAUGCCACAGGUAUGGAAACCGUGGUACAACCGACUCCGAAAUCGAACACAACCACCAGCUCAACUACUAAAAAAGUACCGAAGGGUAUUGUAGAUGUCACAGCGAACCCACCGGCGAAAUUGUUACUGGUACAGCAAUUACCAGAGACCACCACGGAAACCCAGCUUCGUGACGUUUUUGAUGGACCUGACCUCGUCGAUAUUAGAAUGGUUGCGAUCCGCCGGCUGGCCUUCGUCGAAUACACGUCCAUCGAGAGCGCCACAGCAGCCUUGCAAAAAACUGGCACUACUUUCAAAAUGGAUGCGCACGAUAUUGUGGUUGGAUACGCCAAGUCAUGA